AUGGGAGUGGAGGAAGGAUCUAUCAAACCUACAUCCCGUCCCCUCACCGGUUUCACCGCCGAGCAUGUUUACAGCUGUGGCACAGUCCGGCUCCCCGUUUAUGUCGGCGGAAUUUCAAAGCUCUUGAAGUUCAUCGUCAUGGACAAACCGGCCAUCUAUAACGCGAUCCUCGGCACCCCAUGGCUCCAUGAAAUGAAAGCUGUCAUCUCGACGUUCCACCAAUGCGUGAAGUUUCCGAUACCCUCUGGAAUUUUCACCUUACGUGGAGAUCAAAGAGUGACGAGAUCAUGUUUCCUUCGCGAGCGCAAGCUCCGCACCGCGUCGUCCUGUAUGAUAACCGAGCCAGUAUCGGACGACGAGACCAACGAGUCCAACGCAAUAAAACGAGCCGCCACACGCAGAAUGCAGAUCCCCCGAUCCAUCGGCAAAGGAACUCCGAGCCCGCCUGGAAAUCCGACUUAA